AUGGAGAUUAAUGUUGAUGAAGAAGCUGGGAUCAUCAAAGAAGAAACAGUUCCACUCCUGGAUGAUCAAAAUCGAAAUCGGGACUUACCUGACAUAGAAAGGAACACUAUGAUGCAAAAGGCAAUAGGUAAGACUUUUCAGACAACAGCUAAUCUAGCUAAUCUUUUACCUACGGGGACAGUUCUUGCAUUCCAGAUUUUAUCGCCAAUUUGCACAAACGUUGGACGCUGCGAUCUAACUAGCAGAUUCAUGACUGCGUUGCUAGUUUCCAUCUGCGGAUUCUCUUGUUUCAUACUUAGCUUCACAGAUUCUUACAAGGAUUUGAAUGGUAGUGUCUGCUAUGGAUUUGCAACAAUCCAUGGUUUCUGGAUCAUUGAUGGCUCAGCUACUCUUCCUCAAGAACUUUCCAAAAGCUACAAACUACGGUUUAUCGACUUCGUACAUGCCAUUAUGUCGUUUCUGGUUUUUGGAGCCGUGGUUUUGUUUGAUCAGAAUGUGGUUAACUGUUUCUAUCCCGAACCAUCAGCUGAAGUAGUGGAGCUUCUCACAACUUUGCCUGUAGCUGUAGGAGUCUUCUGCAGUAUGGUGUUCGCUAAAUUUCCAACUACACGCCACGGUAUUGGUUUUCCCCUCUCUGCUAAAUGA